AUGUCUAACAGGAUAGCAUCUCACUUAGCGCAGCUAGGUAACUAUUUCAAAUCGCAGCUCGACCAGGCUCUCGGUCUAACUGACAAUUGUCUCAGCGAGUUAACGGACCGCCUGGAUCUCGAACCACCCUUCUUUGAUGCUUGUGAGUAUUUGCCGGAUAACGAAUAUGAUGCUGGCACAGAUCAAACGCAGCCGCCAAGCAAGACACGCCAUGAGCUUGGCCAUCUUGCUCGCCAAUUCUCUUACGUUCUCAGACUGAUACAGGUCCAGGAUAAGGAUCUUUACGGAAACAUCCUCCUUUGGAUGCAAUGCUUCAGUGUCGAUCUUGAGUUCAUUCACCAGCUCGGAUAUUUGGGUGAUUCCAGACAACAGUGCUCUGGUCCCCUGAAGGAAUGGGACAUUAAAAAAGUCCGCUUGUGGCUUCGGGACACGUUGUCUGAGUUCUACGAGGUAUCUUUGUCUAACGAUGUUCUUGAGGCAAUUCAGCAAAAAGAAGUGGCCAGUCAUCAACCUGCAGCCGUUGACACCGAGGCCUCUAACGCUAGUGGACUUCGGGAAGGGUCUCGAGAGUAUCCAUAUCGCGAUGGUUAUAUUUGCGAACUGGCAGACACGAGCGCCCAGCCUGAAGCUAUUUAUGCGGAUGCCAUUGUACUUUCGCCGAUUUCUUACUUCCCAGAUUCGACUGUGGCUGAGCUUCCAGCCGAUUCUAUUCAUGCGCAGGGCGUACCAAGUGAGUCACGGAAUGCCGAAGAGCCGGUGUUGAUUCAGUUGACUCGCUGCCGUUAUAGAAUCUCUAUAGACUAA